AUUUUUCUCAUGUGUUUUGCAUUUUUUGACCUUGAAAUAAUUUUACGAAAACAGCAACUGGAACACAAGGUAAAAACCCUGGAGGAGGCCAAGUCUAGCUUGAUGUCACAGCUGGAGACCAUGGAGGAAGAGAGCUCAGCUCUACAGACAAAACUCAAUGACGCAAAUGAUGCCCGCCAACACACGGAGAGUGAACUGUCAGGGGAGAUAACUGCCUUUCAGGCCCAGCUCCUUCAGACACGGCAGGAGAAGGAUGUACAAGAGACUCAACUUUCACAAGAAAUUGCAGAUCUCAAGGGUAAGCUAGAAGAAACAGUGUCAGAGAAGCAGACUAUGGAACAAAACUUAAACCAGCAACUGGACGACCUUCAAGCUAAGCUAGCCCAGACGGUGACCGACAAGGACAACAUGGAGGAGAAGUUGACCGGAGACAUCAGCUCAAUUCACUCCACCAUGUUAGCUAAAGCUGUGGAGGAAGGUAGAGGAUUCAUACAAGAUGCUCUAGACCAGUUUGAAAAUCCAACACAUAUCGCUGUCAAGUGUACUGCAGAAUUCCUUCUCAUGCGAGCCGAACCAGUGCUGACAUGUCUGGACAGCCUGAAGAAUGCCCACAGCAUCUACAGUAUUGACAAGAAAGAUCUGGAGGCUUUGGUGAAGUCCAUCACCUCUUACUCUCAUCAUAUGGGAGACUGUGUCUUACAUGGUAUAGCUACCACCCACUCAGCACAGCUGGAGGCUGGAGAAGAACUUGGAAAUGCAUGCAGAGAAGCAGGUGAUAUCGGUCUAAAGCUAUUGGAUGCCAUUAAAGCAGGAGGAUUUAUAAACACUGAGGUGGAUCAGACUGUUCAGAGUGUGAAGAGACUGAUGAACCUUGCUGAGGCACUUGUCCCCAAGAUGGUGGACAUCAAAGAAGGAGAGAUUGGGGACUUGGUAGAGAAUGAAAUGAGUGCCACUAACUCAGCUAUUGAACAGGCUGCUCAGAGAAUUGAGGAAAUGCUGCAUAAGAACAGGUCUGAUAACUCUGGUGUGGAACUCCAGGUCAACGAGGGAAUAUUGGACUCGUGUACAGGACUGAUGGAGGCCAUCAAAAUUCUGUUGUCCAAGUCGCGUGAUCUACAGAAGGAAAUUGUGUCCCAAGGACGAGGAACAUCUUCCAGUAAGGAAUUCUACAAGAAGAACCAUCGAUGGACAGAGGGUUUACUGUCUGCUGCUAAAGCUGUGGGCUUUGGUGCUACAACUCUUAUGGAAGCUGCAGACAAAGUAAUGAAGGGCGAGGGAAAGUUUGAAGAACUUAUCGUUUGUUCAAAUGAGAUAGCUGCCAGUACAGCACAGCUUGUUGUUGCAUCUAAGGUCAAGGCUGACCGUCGUAGCGAAAAGCUUAGAGCUUUGUCAGAAGCCUCAAAAGGAGUUUCUACAUCAACAGGCAAAGUGGUGGGGUCAGCUCGAGAGGGGUCACAGAGGAUAGAGGAACAGAGCCUGAUGGAUUUUUCCAAACUUACGCUACAUCAGACAAAGAAGAAUGAAAUGCAGUCCCAGGUGCGAUUGUUGGAGCUUGAAAGAGAAUUAGAACUUGAGAGGUUAAAGCUGGCAGAACUGAGGAAACAACACUACCAGCUAGCAGGGGAAAGUGAAGGCUGGGAGGUUGGACAGGACUCAGAAGAAGCCGGAUCGGGCGAAGCCCCACAUGACACUGUGAGUCACUGUGUUUUAAUCUCUGUACCAUGUGUUUAUGUGUGCCUUCUAACUGUUGUAAACCAUUUACCAUCACUACUCCUGCAUAUUAACUUCAACACAAUGCCUCUAUUCACUGGACUAUUUUGAAAACUCGAAGAAUAAAUCCGAAAGACAAGGAGCUCAUUUCACCCUAAUAGGAGCUCUGUAUGAUAAAAAUUUCCAAUAUUAUUAUGGAAUCAUUUAGUGGGAUUUUCUGGAAACUAAUAAAUUAUUACUAUUAUCAGGACUGCAAUCAUUGAUACAUACAAUGAUUUUAGGUGACAACAAAUAUUAUAGUAUAACGACACUUCAGGCUUAUGAUCAAUAGCUAACUUGCUUCAUGUUUAAACAUAACGCUGGUAACUUGCUAGAAUCAUAAAAAUAAUAAUGCUAUUAGAUUGUUAAGUAUACUAAGCUUACAGGAAAAUAGUACAAUUGUUGUAUCUAAUCUAUUGCAUUAAAAGUAAGCUUGCUUCACCAGUAAGGAUUUUUCCAUUAUUAGCUCACCAGUUACGAGUAACUGUGAGCUAAUUAAUGCUGUACCCUGGGCAUCUGCUUCCGUCUCCGCGUCCGCUUCCCACCCCAAGACUUUAAAGUUUUUGGGGCAACGUUUUGGAAAGCUUGUAAGUCCAAAAGUACACACCUCAUG